AUGGUUUACAAUAAUUUAAUCAUCACAUUAAUCAAUAUUAAUAAUAAUAACAAUAAUAAUCAUCAUAAUAGUAAAAAGAAUAAUAAUAAUAAUAGAAGAGUAGUAUCAAUUAAAAAGAAUAUUAUUAAAUCAACAAAUAACCGUCGUCGUAUCAACAAAAAUAAUAAUAAUAAUAAUAAUAACAAACAAAUUAAAUUAAGAGCAAUGUUUUCUCAAAUACCAAAAGCUCCUCUUAAUACAACAGAGUAUUUAAUCGAUCAAUAUAAUUUACAACAACAACAAGAAAACCAACAAGAAAAUCAAGAUUCAAUGGAAUAUAAUUAUGGUUCAAUGUUUUCUUUAAUGUCAUCGUCAUCGUCGCCGUCCUAUUAG